UACUGUGACUCAGUGAUAGAAAUCGCUGACGAAGUAUCAUUCAAUUGGUAUAAAAGCCGAACACGGACUGAAUAACUUUUGUGUUCAAGCCAUUUUCGUGCCAAGUACCCUACCCAGCGGUUCGGGCACUCCAAGAUGCGUCUUCACACAGUUUUCUUCGUCAUUGCCCUCGGAUGUGUUGCUGCCAGGUCUCCCCAUAAGCCCACUGAAGGUCCUCGUCGUGCCCUCGUCACCAUCGAAGGUAUGGACAUCAGCGGCAAACUUAUGGUCGAGCAAGCUUCUAUCACUAGCCCCGUCAAGAUCCGUGGUGUCAUCUACGGCUUGGAGCCCGGUCGUCACGGUCUGCACAUCCACGCAGGAACUACUUUGGGUAACCAAUGCGAAAGCGUUGGCCCCCAAUUCACUCCUGCCGAGAAGUACGAUAGUGAACGAUCAGUGAGCUACAUCGGCAACAUCAAGACCUACUCGGGUGUGCCUUCCCGCACUGACGUCAGCCUGAUUUCAUCGCUGGUGUCUCUGUUUGAAGAAAGCCCUCGUAACAUCUUGGGUCGUGCCGUUGUUAUCCACCAACUCCCCGAUGACAGAGCUCGCAUCAGCAACGCCGAAGCUGAGAACCGUUUGGUCGCAUGCGGCCUGCUUACUACCACUGAAGUCGAAGAUGUUACCACCAUCGAAUCUACCAUCGUCGAGGCUCAAAGAAGAUUCAACACUGACAAAAUUGAACAAAGAAUCUUGAACGGCGAACAGUCCUGGGAAAAUGUCAACCACCCUCACUACGGUGGUGACGCCAGAAAGGUGCCCUCCAACCUGAACUUGGAAGGAAUCGAACGUCCCGUCACCGUCGAUAGACUUACCCUUGAAAAUGCCGCUCCUACUCGCAAAGUUUGGAUGGCCGGUUACACCUACGAAUACGAUUACGCUGGCUGGACUUCAACUGGUAUCAUGGGCAUUAGCACCAAGGUGUCUGGUGGAUCCAUCAAGGGACGUUUGACUAUCGAACCCGUCGACGAGAGCACCAUCGUCGUUGCUCUUCUUUCCACCAAGGGAAAGCAAUUCAACGAAGAUGUUAUGGAGAAAUACUCUGAAGUCGACCCCGGACAGGAAGUUCGCAUUAUCGACCAAGAGCACCUUGAGAAACCCUUCCAAGUCAAGUUUGUCGCUGGCAAGGUUGAAACUGUCUCCAUUGGCAAAGAAGAGCCCUUGUGGAUCGUCAACUUCAAGCGCGCUUUGGCCGCCCAGAUCCAACUCCAACUCGAUGGAGCUUCUGGAGUCUUCCAUCAGGGUGAACACGACAACUACUAUGCCGAAAACACCGUCUACCACGCCAUGGAGGGAUCCGUGACUGGCGAGUGCGAAACCUGGUACCACAUCAGCCGCUUGCCUGUCGAGGCUGUCGAGGCUGAGCCCAAGCUUUUGCCCGCUCCCGAACUUUGCCAGAACUUCCCCGUCUACGAAAUCGUGAAGAACCGCGAUUUGGACAGUUGCCGCAUUCUGCCCGUCUUCAACUACAACAGCAACCAAGGACUUCGUUGCAACUUGGUUAACGGUGCUGGUUGCGAGAACAAAAUUUCGCACACCGACACCGUUAGAAUCAUCGGUUGUACCUCUGCUGAGGGACACUUCAUCGUCCAGCGCAUCAAGUCCAUUGACAAGUUGGUCGUCAAGCCCUUCAGCUAUGAGACCGAAGCCACUGAAGGUUUGACCAUCCAGCACUUGACCCUGAGAUCUGCCACCCCUACUGGUUACUCCAAGUUGGUUUCCCGCAUCUCCGCCGAUGUUCACAUCUACCAGACUUUGGCCUACUCUUACGAUGAUGACUACAAGACCCACGGACCUCUUAUGGGCAAGCCCACUCUCCGCAACGUCAACUCGCCCAUGAUCAUGGAAGUCGAGCCUGAGAUCCUGAAGAAGGAGGCCCUCCGCUUGCUCUCCGAAAUCAUCAGCGACGUCGAGUCUGAGUCUUACUACGUCGACCCCGCCACCAAGAACACCUCUGACAAGAUUAACAUGCUCCGCAGAGUGUUGGCAUCUUUGGAUUACAGCGAGUUGAUGGCUUUCGUCGCCAAGGUCUGGGAGACCAAGGAAUGGAGCACCUCAAACCAAAUCGUUGUCGAUACCCUGAUGCUCUCCGGCACCAAUCCUUCCUUGAUGUUGGUCCGUGAAUGGAUCCUCCAGGGUAAGAUUGUUGGCGAACAAGCCGUCCAGGCCAUCUCUGCCCUCGUCCCUACUGUUGAGACUCCCACCAAGGAGCUUUUGACCAGCUUCAUGGAAUUCUUGAAGUCCGAAGUCGUCCAGAGCCACCGCCAGCUCAAGAUCACUACUGCCUUGUCUCUGUCUCGUUUGGUCUACCAGGCCUGCGUCAACAGCACCCUCGGCUUGAACAUGUUCCCCAAGUUGGUUAUGGGCGAAUUCUGCAACCCCAGCGACUCCAUUGUCGCCAGCCAAUUGGUCCCCUACUUGGCCGAACAGGCUAAGAUCGCCAGAGAUGCCGGCGAGCGCAUGGCUUUCCUGACCGCUUUGGGCAACAUCGGCCACGAAAUUAUCGUUCCCUUCGUCAAACCUUUCAUCACCUCCUGCGAGCCCAGCUCUCACUACGAGAGCGAAUGGUACGAGCGCAACCAACGCGACUUGGUCAACUUGUCCAAGAAGGAGAUGAGGAAGAAGUGGAUCGAAGCCAAGAAAUCCCUCAACUCAAAGAAAUCCGAAAAGGAAGAGGAGGACAUUGUCCUGUCCCGCUUCGAGUCCGAGGACUUUGAAGAUGAGGCUCUAUGCAACCUUGUCCGCGCCAAGGCUAUCUUCGCCCUGAGCACUUUGGCUGUUGAAAAGAAGGAAAUCGUCGGCACUCUGCUGAUGCCCAUCUUCUUCAACAAGGCUGAAGAAACCGAGGUCCGCUUGGCCGCCCUGACCCUGCUCUUCGUCAGCAACCCACCCCAGGCUUUCUGGUCCCGCGUUGCUUUGAGCACCUGGUACGAGCCCAACGACCAGAUCUCCCACUUCAUCUACACCACCAUCGCCAGCAAAGCUGUCAACAAGAACCCGCUCAACCGCGAGGAGACUGUCCGCGCUGAAGCCGUCGUUGCUCUGAUGAGGCCCAUGUUCUGGACUUCCCACGCUGCCCUCAACUACCAAAAGGCCGGUUACUCCGAGAAGACCCGUUUGGGCUACUUGACCGAGACCGUCAACUUCCCCGGCUUCGAGUCCUUCAUCCCCUCUCACCACUACAGCAGCUGGUCCGUCGCCAUGGGACCUUGGUUCACCAAGUUGAUGGAAUUCUCCAUUGACAGCAAGCACGCCGAAAAGUUCAUCGACCGUCUGGUUGGUAAACCCGGUCUUCGCUUCAAGGCCAACAAGGACGAAUCCUCCAUCAUCAGCCCCGAGUUGGAGAAAAUCCACGAGGAACUGAAAAUUGAGGCCCGCGCCACCGGCCAGCCCGAGCUCUACAUCUACCUGAACUUCUUGGACAACUACCAACGCUUCUUCACCAUCAACCCUACCACCGUCUUCAAGAUGAUCGAGAGACAGAUCCUUCAGAAGGGAUUCCGCGAGAACGCCGGAAAAUUGGAGAUCAAUUUCCACAAAUACUUGCCUCUUUUGGACUCUUUCGCCCGCAUUCCCUCUUCGAUGGGUUUGGCUUACUCAUGGGCCAGCCACCACAGCGUCUUUGUUUCCCUGAAGUCGAACAUUGAGGGUGGUUUUGCCAUGUCCUCUCUCAGCGCCAAGUUGGAAGGUGCUUUGAAGCCCGUCAUCGUUUCCAAGAUGACCACCCGCCUGAUGGUUGAGACUCCCUUCGCCCGCUCUUACCCCACCACCGGUGUCGAUAUGGAAUGGGCUGCUGCUCUCCCAGGUCGCUUCUCCGUCGAAGGUGAAGUCAAGACUGGCAAGAUCCAGACCGCUUGGGAAAUCUUGGGCGAUAAGCUCCGCAUCGUCAAGCACUCCAUUAUUCCCUUCACCACCAUCCGCAAGAUCAGCGACUUCACCCCCGCUAUCCUCCUCGCCGAGACCAAGCGCAUCACUUAUGUCGAAGAGCCCAAGGAGAACAAGGUCGUCUUCGGUGAGAAGCACCUCGGCAUGAACUUCGUUUGGGUUGAGCGUGGUGAGCCUUUGGCUGCCAACCAGCCUUGGGCUUACACCAAGGACUGGUUCGGUACUCUGGCUUUCUGGGCCCUGCCAUCCACCAUCCGCCAACGUGAAUGGAGCUUGUGGCUCGAUAUGGCCUCAUCCGAGACCAAGGCCAUCAAGACCAUCGUCGCUAUCUGUAAGUUUCAAUUGAACAAUUCCAACCUCUCUCAGAAGAUAUUUCAUGAACUCAAUACGUUUUCUUUAGCUACCAAAUCUGACUCCAAGUUCGAGACCCCCCUUGCUGGCCACCUCCACGCCAAGUCCCUCUUUGACACCGUCUACGGCGAACAGAUCCAGAGUGAACAGUACUUGAAACAACAAGACAGCCAAUGGGAAUCCCAAAAGUUCCAACACGUCUUCCAGACUCUGACCAACCCCACUGGCUACUCCUUGGAUUUCACCGCUGAGCUUGUCCCCAAGUCAUCUUCCAUCAAGGCCCGUCGUAUCGGUUCUUCCAUUGCCUAUGGCAUGGACGGCAAAUCCCACCGCGGAAGCCUCAUGAUGGAAAGACGCGAUGAAGUCGAGGGCCAGAACAACUUCGUUCUGUGCGCCGAGGUUGACGCUCAAUUCCCCGAAAACUUGAUCUUCAAGCGCAAAGAGCUCAUCAAGGAUGAAGCCGAGCGCCGCUCCACUGUCAAGAUUGGCUUCGGCAAGUCUUGCACUGAAGAUCGCAAGAUCACUGUCGCCACUACCUGGGCUCGCAGCGAGGAGGACAUGUCCCCCACUCUGCGCAACAAAUGGGAACAGACCCAGUGCCGCAAACAGGAGAUCCAGGGCCGCAGCAUGAGCGAUGAAUGCAUCGCUGCUCGCCGUCUUUCUUCCAUCUUGAACAAGGCCGUUAUGACCAUCAACUACAACGAGAUGCCCGCUGUUGUCCGCAAUGUCACUGUCAAGGCCUCCAACCUCGUCCGCAACUGGUGGGGUUCUUACAUGUCCGACAACCAAGUGGAAGUUAAGAACACUGCUAACCAGAUCACCAUCGAAGGUCUCUACUACCCAUUGGCCGGCUCCAUGGAUGUUAAGUUGUACAAACCCUGGUCCAACGUCUUCUUCCGCGGAAUCGAAGUCCACCCCGUCGCUGAGGUUUUCUUGCCUAAGCGCAUGGCCGUUCCCCGUUCCGUCUUGGCUGCCCCCGGCGUUUGCUUGAUUGGUUCUGAGACUGUCACCACUUUCGAUGGCCUGUUCUACAACGCCUCUUUCGCUGGCUGCGACCAAGUCUUGACCAAGGAUUGCUCUGGCCGUUACAAGUUCGCCGUUCUGUCUCGCGUUGAAGGAGACAAGAAGGUUGUGACUGUUCUGUUAAACAAAGAGAAAAUUGAAAUCUUCCCCGCUCAGCAGAAGGUUAACGUAAAUGGCAUGGAAAUCUCCGUCAGCAGUGAAUCUUACACUGUUAAGAACGCCGAAAACGAGGUUUUGGCCGUCAUCAAGAAAACCGCCGACAACUUCAUUGAAGUCGACUCACCCAUGUCUCAUAUGAUCCGCGUUUUGACUGACGCCAAGGAAGUCGUCGUUUUGGCUUCUCCCAUCCAUCGCGGUCGUCUGUGUGGUCUUUGCGGCUCUCAGACUGGCAACAAGGUCACUGACUUGACCGGUCCUCGCCAGUGCUCUAUUCCCCGUGACCUGAUGGAUGUCGCCUACGAGUUGAAAUACCCCGCCGGAUGCAAGAGCGACAUUUCUUCUAGAGAUAUUGCUGAGCUCCGCCGUAUCCAAGAAGAGUGCUUGAAGGAGAAAUCCGAGACCGUUUUCGGUAUCAGCGAUGUUUCGCCCUUGUUGCCCAAAUUCCAACAGAACAUCUUGUCUAGCCAGACCAUCCGCCGCCCUUCGCAGUGGACUGUCUACCGCAACAAAAUGGUCGUCCAGGAUAACAAGCGUUGCUUCUCCACCGAAUCGGUCCCCAAGUGCGCUGAGGGAGCUCGCGCUCAAGAGACUGUUGAGAAGAAGUUGGGCUUCCACUGCCUUCCCAAGAAUGUCUUGUCCGAGAAGCUGAAUGAGGAGAUCACUAGCCGUCCUCUUGAUGAGCUUAUGGGCAAGCAAGUCGAUAUGGUGCGCGUCUACUCGGUGCCCACCGCUUGCCUUCCCUUUUAAAUAAAUAAAUACGAACUCGCCGAAUAAAGUUUGGAAACUGUUCAAGCAGUUUUCACUUCUUUAGAAAUGACCCUUGCAACCGAACGUCAUAUGCAAAUUACUGAAAAUCCUAAGAUAUAUUAAUUUAGAAGUUGGAAUAGACUCUCAUUAUAUCGAGAGUAGUUAUGGCAUGGAAUUGUUUUAUGGCGUUUUUGUGUUGUAUUGUGACGCAUCGCCAGGGUGAUGUAUUCUAUAUUAAAAAACAAUUUCCAAGAAAGAGAUAAAUAAAUAUGCAGCAUCACAAAAUUUAAAA